AUGUGUUCACGCUUCACAGAGCAUUUCAACUUUGACGAAGCUAUUAGUUUUGGGCAUUCAGAAUCUAGAUCAACACUAUCAUCAGCUUCAGAAUCCGUGUUUUCCUCUUCUUCAGAAACGCUGAAUACGAGACUCUCAGCAGAGUGUAUCAACACAGUCACUACACGAGCCUCACUCAAGAACUCUGCUUGUACUACAUCCUAUAUAUCCGUUAUUCAAAACGAAGAGCUCGCAUUACCGGCGCCAGCAACCAAAACACCUAUCAAAAAGAAACUGAAACGUUUCUUGACUCUUCGCAGUAAAAAGUCAAGUUGCACUUAUUUCCUUUCUGUUACCAUCCAGAACCUUAUCUUGCUAUCCUGUAGUAUAAUGUUUGAUCCAACCUGCGAGGAAUCAGUCACAUUCAAAACCAUGACAUUGUCAAAAGGGGAUCUCCUUUUUUUUCAGUAUGAAACCUCUAAGACCAAGCGGAGAAAAGCAUACGUCGUCAUAAAGUGUAUCUGA